UUCCUCCUCCACCUUCUUCUUCUUCUUCUUCUUCUAUUAUUCUUCUUCCACCUUCUCUCUCACUCCGGCGAAGGCUAUCACCUCCGACGCAAUUUCUCGCCGGAAUCCAUCUUCUCACCGAGUUCUCGCGAUUCACUCACCGGCUCAGCCAUGAAUCCCGAAUAUGACUACCUGUUUAAGCUUUUGCUGAUUGGUGAUUCCGGUGUCGGCAAGUCGUGUUUACUUCUGCGGUUUGCUGAUGAUUCAUACUUGGAUAGCUACAUCAGCACAAUUGGAGUUGACUUUAAAAUCCGCACUGUGGAGCAGGAUGGAAAGACAAUCAAGCUUCAAAUUUGGGACACAGCUGGCCAAGAACGUUUCAGGACAAUCACUAGCAGCUACUAUCGUGGUGCUCAUGGUAUCAUUGUUGUUUAUGAUGUCACAGACCAAGAGAGUUUCAACAAUGUUAAGCAAUGGUUGAAUGAAAUUGACCGUUAUGCAAGUGAAAAUGUGAACAAGCUUCUAGUUGGAAACAAGUGUGAUCUCACAGCGAAUAAAGUUGUGUCCACUGAGACAGCCAAGGCAUUCGCAGAUGAAAUUGGAAUCCCUUUUAUGGAAACCAGUGCUAAGAAUUCCACCAAUGUUGAGCAGGCCUUCAUGGCUAUGGCUGCAGAGAUUAAAAACAGGAUGGCAAGCCAACCAAUGAACAAUGCCAGGCCUCCAACAGUGCAGAUUCGUGGCCAGCCUGUGAACCAAAAGUCCGGUUGCUGCUCUUCUUAAGGGGGAAAAGAAAAUUGGUGGGGGGAAUGAUGUUUAUGGGUGUUUUCAUGAAAUGUAAAACUUAGUUAACGCUUUGAUAUGAAGAUUUCUUUUAUCGUCAGUGGUCAGCACUUUGUUAAAGCCUUCCAUUCUUUUCAAUGUAUUUGUUUUAAAAACUUUUUGUACAAAAAUUAGGAAUAUUGGUGAAUAGCAGUAUUUGCCUUGUUCUGUUCUAA